AUGGCCCUUCUGGUCGUGCUGUGGCUCUUCGGCCUAGGCUAUGUUGCACACGCGAAGGCAUCAGACCGCCCGACUUGCGACUGCUGCGACGAGUACACUCUGCAUGCAUAUGCAGGUGAGCUGAAUCGACACUGCUUACCAGCAUCCUUGCUGCGAAAGAAGCAGGAUAUCAUCGUUGGAGAGGCCCUUGACGGCAGUCCCAGCGUCCCAGAAGAGGCCCUGAGCAUUCUUUGCGCCAGUGCGCUUUGCCGAAGCAGUGUUCUUCGCUACUGGGCUCGAGUCCGCGGGUGCUCUGAGAGCAGCAGCUGGAAGCGUUUCGGCUUUGCUUGGGCCGCUGCGAAGGUCCGCUGCAUGCGCCUGCCGCAGGAGCGAGAACCUCAAGACGGUGCUCGAUAUCAGGUCCUCAUGCAAGCCACAUUCGCUCACGAUGGCCAGCAGGCGAAAGAUGCAGCCAACUUGGAGCUCGCGUCGACGGCUAUCAAGCAGUACUUUUCCAUAUCCUUGAGACUCUGUAGCAGUGUCCUCAACUCCUGCAGCCUUGCCAUGAGCCUGUGGGUUGACCUGCAAGCAGAAGAAGUAAAGCAAAGCUCCAGGGUGCUCAAGGAGCUGGAUCUCAUUUUGCAGCGUUCUGGGCAAUUGCACGAGAAGCAGUGGAUCGAGACGCGCCAGGCAGAAAUUCUCAUCGCGGUGACGAUUACCGUUUACGCCUUCUUUAUCGGCUUUGAGCUCGAGAUUGAAGCAAACCAUGCAGAUGUGGCAAGUACCCUUUCGCAAGCAUUUCUGAUCUGUCACGUGGUGUUUAACACGGUCUUUGUGCUGGAGAUAAUCUUGCGUGUACGAUCUGUGGGCAUAAGAUACUGCUCUCCGUUCAAUCCUGCUGGGUUUUUCGAUGCAGUCAUCAUUCUCAUUGGCACUGUUGAGAACAUUGUCUCGGUGGUUUUCGCGAUGAUGUCACAGGAUGGCGGCGGCUCUGUGCUCGCCAUCGCUGGCGUAAUGCGCAUCGUUCGUCUUCUGCGACUCGCCAGGCUCCUGCGUGGAUUCCUGGUCUGCCAAGAGUUGAGACUGUUAGUCACCGGUAUGAUGUUGGCUCUUCCGACUGUGGUCUGGGCUGGAGUGCUUUUUGCCAUUGUGGUAUACUUGGGGACUAUGUUUACGGUGAUACUGCUCGGCAAUAUUCCUGAACUUGAGGGUUACUUUGGCACAAUUGGGCUGGCACUGUGGACCCAUUUUGUCAUCGUGACCAUGGAGACCUGGCCCGACAUCGCAGACACUGUUCUAGCUGUGGCAAGUCCGCUGUGGGGCGUCUACUUCGUAGUAUUCAUCUGCAUCUCGAGCAUGUCGCUGAUGAACUUGGUCACAGGAGUCAUCGCCGAAAAGCUUUUGAGCACUAAAGAUGUUACCACAUCAGAGGACACCGAGGAUGAGAUGGAGGCUUUUCGUCAAGAAAAGGCUGCCUUCAAGCAGGACGUGUGUGAGCUACUGCUUUACGAAGACGACGUAGAUGUUGACAUAUUCGCCGGCUUGAUGGAGACGAUCAAAAUGAGAGCCUGGUUGCAAAAACUACAGGUGUCUCCUGAACUGCCGGCCAACGAUUUGUUCAAUCUUCUGGACACAGAGAGCAACGGAAGCUUGACGUUGGAUCAGCUCGUCGAAGGCAUGCUGAAUUUAAGGGGAUCCCGCUUGAGGGUGCACUCCCUCCUGUUGCAGCAGGACUUGCGUCGAUAUUGCCAGGACGAGUUGGAUGCACUUGCUGAAGUCGAGACCAUUGUGGUUCGUCAAAUUUCGAAGAAUCUGACCUCCUUGAACCAGACCUUUCAGGAGGAAUUGCAGAACAUGCAGAAGCUAGCAGAGCCAAGCUCAACUUCACCAGGCGUUUGCGACGACGACUUUUCUGCCUGGAUGGCCGAGAAGGAAAGUCUGGAGCGCUUGGUCACGGAGCUGGGGCAAGUGGUGACAACUUUUCCGUGGCCCGGUGAAGUCAACGUGAAGCCAGGUUUGGACUACAUCGUCCUUCACUUUGACCGUUGUGUACGGUUGCAUGGAAAGGAGACGGCAACCCUCUUCGGAUCUGGAGCCGGGGGUUUGGGGGGGAGAAGGCUGCUGGUGUGCGUUGGAGUACGAAGGAACUCCAGAUCAAGCAACCUCUCGUCGGCUCGGCGAAGCUCCACCAGGCUUGGACGACAAACAUGCAGGGUGCUGUGA